AAUGUUUUGGAGUUUUAAAUUUAAUUAUUGAAUUUGAUAGAAGAUGGCACAAGAACUAAAUAUUGAGAAGACAAGCUCUUCGGAGCAUCCGGUGAAAGAUAGAUUAUAUGGUGAAAAAAAUCCUUUUGAAGAUGAAUCAAAUGGGAUUAAAUAUAGAACUAUGACAUGGAUACAUACUGGGAUACUGAUGACUGCCGAAACAAUUUCUCUUGGUGUCUUGUCCCUUCCAUCUAUGUAUGCAACUCUUGGUAUUAAUCUUGGACUUUUUUUUGUUUUAUUGCUUGGUAUUGUAGCAACAUAUACGGGUUAUGUUCUUGGUCAGUUUAAAGCCAGAUAUCCUUUUGUCUAUAAUAUGUCCGAUGUUGCAUACAUAAUGUGUGGUCCUAUAGGACGUAAGAUUAUGGGGGUUUGUCAAAUAGUCUUUUUAAUUUCUUCUAUGGGGUCUCAUGUUCUUACUGGUGGAAUUGUAUUUAAUACGAUUACUAAUCAUGCUGCUUGCACUAUUGUCUUCUCUCUUGCAACGGCAUUUAUAUGUAUGCUUUUUACUCUUCCGCGUACUUUUAAAUUUGUUUCAUAUUAUUCUGUCGCUUCAUUUGCUAGUAUUAUGAUCUCAUUAUAUCUUAUUGUGUUUGCUGUUUCCGUUGGUAAACGUCCUGCUGAUAUUACUUUUGGGAUUCCAAAAGAUACUACUUUUCUUAGGGCCUUUAGUAGUAUUACAAAUAUUAUAUUUGCAUAUGGCGGCCACGUCAUUUUCUUUAGUUUAAUAUCGGAAAUGAAGAAUCCAUCAGAUUAUGUAAAAUCAUUAUAUAUGCUUCAGAUAUGUGAUAUAUUUGUUUAUUUGUCUGUCGUCAUAAUAUAUAUUUAUGUUGGUGAUAAAGAAUUUAAGAGGCUUAGUUAUGUUACAGCAUUAAGUGCAGCUUCUCCUGUUAUUAGGAAAGUCGCAUAUGGCAUUUCUAUUCCUACUGUUAUUAUCGCUGGAUCUAUUAAUGCACAUGUUUCAGCAAAAUAUAUUAUGGUUUAUAUUAGUAAAUGGUGUAAAGAUUUGUUAUAUUUGAGAAACUAUAAAUUUACACUUAUUUGGGUUUCUGUCUGUUCUAGUAUUUGGCUUGUAUCAUGGUUUAUUGCGGAAAUUGUUCCUAUUUAUAAUGAUCUUCUUGGUCUCAUUGGAAGUUUAUUUAUAUCCUGGUUUACUUAUGGCACAGGAGGUAUAUUUUGGCUUUAUCUUGAAAAAGGAAGAUAUUUUGUUUCCAAGAAAAGUACCUUUUUAUUUGUCGUUAAUACAUUGAUAGUUGUCUUAAGUUUUUUUACGAUGUGUUUAGGUGUAUAUUCUAAUGCUGUUGCGAUUCAUAACAAUCGUGUAAUAAAAGGUAUUUUCUCAUGUGCUUGA